CUUUGCAUAGCUUUUGCCGUGUCUGUGUGUGUGUGUCUGUUACUGUAGUUACUGCCUAUAGUUUGGUUAGCUAUGGAAGGAGACGGGAGUCAAGCCACAUCUGGAAGCCCAAAUGAUUCACAACAUGACCCGGGUAAAAUGUUUAUCGGUGGCCUCAGUUGGCAAACCUCACCAGACAGCCUUAGAGACUAUUUUAGCAAAUUCGGAGAAAUAAGAGAAUGUAUGGUGAUGAGAGACCCCACGACAAAACGUUCCAGAGGAUUUGGGUUCGUUACGUUUGCAGAUGCUGCCAGUGUAGAUAAAGUCUUAGCUCAACCACACCACGAAUUAGACUCAAAGACGAUUGAUCCUAAGGUUGCCUUCCCCCGACGCGCUCAACCUAAGAUGGUCACAAGAACAAAGAAAAUAUUUGUGGGCGGAUUGUCAGCCAACACGGUAGUGGAAGAUGUGAAGCAGUAUUUUGAACAGUUUGGGAAGGUAGAAGACGCCAUGCUCAUGUUUGAUAAAACUACUAACAGACAUAGAGGAUUCGGCUUUGUAACUUUCGAGGGUGAAGACAUCGUAGAGAAAGUCUGUGAAAUUCAUUUUCAUGAAAUCAAUAAUAAAAUGGUAGAAUGUAAGAAGGCCCAGCCCAAGGAGGUGAUGUUCCCACCAGGCACGCGAGGGAGGGCCAGGGGCCUGCCCUACACCAUGGACGCCUUCAUGCUGGGGAUGGGCAUGCUGAGUGAGUAUGGACCAACACUACUCCAGCAAAGUCCAGCACACUACUCAGUCCCACACGGUUACCCUAACAUUGUGGCGACGUACGGCCGUGGAUACACUGGAUUCGCCCCGAGCUACAGCUAUCAGUUCCCUGGCUUCCCAGCGACGGCGUACGGACCGGUGGCGGCGGCGGUGGCGGCAGCGCGUGGCUCAGGCUUUCCCGAUUACGGGUUUUACUCUGCGCCCAGUGACCAGAGGGGGGCACCCUGCUCCUUUGCGGACUAUGGCUCCCUGGGGCCCCAGGCGGCUCAGAUGCUGCACAGUGAGCAUGCCACCUCCGCCUGCAACUCCCCCCUCCAGCACCUGCACAGCCCGGAUCAGUUUAAGAGCCCAGGGGGAAACCCACCUCGGCCUGGAGGUUUCCCUGGUGCCAACAGCCCUGGGCCUGUAGCCGAACUGUACGGCCCUGGAGGCCAGGACUCCAAUGUGGGCAACUACAUCAGUGCUGCUAGCCCCCAGCCUGGCUCCGGCUUCGGCCACAGCAUGGCAGGCCCGUUGAUUGCGACAGCUUUUACAAAUGGAUACCAUUGAACAGGUGGUUGGUUGCCAUCUCAUUGGAGCAGAGUCUAUCUGGUGGUCCAGGGAAGACAGGCCGAAGCUUCUAAUUAGCUCUGAGUAUAGGUGAUGUCAUCCAACUUCAAGCACUACAGCAUCACCCAGGAAAAAUAAGAGGAGGUGGAACCACAAAAAAAAAAAAAAAAAAGUUAAAAUCAUCUCAGAAAAAAAGAAACUGCUGUAUCAUAAUCCAAACCCGUAACCUGACAACCUGGUUUGGUAUGUUUCAUGUUGAUUUCAUUCACUUUUUUCCUUUCUUUUAUUAGUUCUUUGAUUAGCUUCAGAGAGAGGCAUUUUAGUUUCACCUUAUUUGGGAUUUUGUCUUCUAGUGUACUCAUGUAAAUGUUUUUGUCUUCUAGUGUACUCAUGUAAAUGGUUUUGCUUCUCUCUUUGGGGGUCAUAGUUGAAUGUUCGCAAGUCAUGCCUACACCUUUGGUACCAAUCAUUUAAACAAAACAGAUCAGAGCUUCAGGUGUCUUUUUGCACAAAAAAUAUAAUCCAAAGUGGAAAGGUUUGGGAAAAAAACAUCCAUUUAAUUUCAAAUGACAUAUUCGAGAGUGUAACUAACUAAUGCAUUUUAGUAGCUGUUUUUUAUUUUUGUGAUGUCUCAUUGUUAACCAUAAUUACCUAUUUUUUGGGCAAUACAAAGAGGACUCCAAUAUUUUUAUGGUCCUUUUUUAUAAGUGUUGUUUUUGUUGUUUAGAAAAAAAAUAUGUAUACUAUAAACAAUUUCAUAUAAAUACAUUGUGAAUUCAAGAUUUAAGAAAAAGAAAUGUAACUGUAAAUAUUAUUCCAAUCAUGCAUAACCAACUUGAUGAGAGGAUAGCAUAUUUUUGUGAUGGUGUGUCAAAGAAAUGUUCUAGCGUGUGAAUAGAAAAAAAGCUCUAAACAAAUACUAUUAUCCUUUACUGCUCGGAGACAGUGACUACCCCAGUGUCGGACAGAACACUGAUGGCUUGCUCUGUAAAUACUCAAGCUGAAUAACUUUACAAGUGUCAUACCAGCAUAUUUACAAAAGGUGAGUUCAGUGCACAGUUCAGUUCAGUUUUAAGGGGAGUUCAGUUUUAAAGGAACAAAAAGAUCAUUGGUAUCUUUUGUCUAACCAACUGUUAUUUAGAAAUCAAUAUUAUUUCAAAAAGAGUGAUCAUUUCAUCCAAAGCACACUGUAUUUAGUGUUGAAGAAUGAAGAAUCGAGCCUAAGCAUUUUACAGUGCUCUGCGCAUUCUGACACUUUUAUACUCCGGAGAGAAAAACUCAACUUGUUUGUAGUUUGUUGUUGUUUGUUUCCUCCUGCUUGUUCCUGUUAAGUUUGGGACACAGUAUCUGGACUCUGUGGUAGAGUCAGUGUAUAACGCUUGUUCUCUCCAUCAGUUCUCUUUUCAAAUGAAUUAGGAAGGCAAAUAUUUUGAUACCAUACCUCAGUCCUGUGAGUUAUAUCUUGGAAUUGUUGACAGGUUUAAUUUAUUUUAGUGGCAAAUAGAUUAAAACAUUGAAUGGAAAAAAUAGUAAAUCAUUGCACUGUGAGCAGUAAAGAAAGAACAGGCCAUUUCCUAUUUGCACAUGUAUAUGUUGGCUAUUUAAAAUGGUUGUGUCUCUGGGGUGAAGUAUGAAGGAUUAUUGGACGUUGCUCCUCUCUAGAAUAGGCACACACAGGGGUGAAUAAACAGAUUGACAGAUCGCAAUUAACUGAUUAAUUACUACCAAUGUUUUGUGGUCAUGUCUUUGGAUUUCAUUGUAUGGUGUAAGUCAACUUCUAAUCUAAAAUAUUGAGAUCCAGCCAGAAGACACUGAAUAAAUGAUUCAUCCUGUUAAUCAUAGCUUGGUGCGCAGAUUUCUUAUGCAGUAUGUGUAGGGACAGGUUUUGCUCGAAUAUAGAGAGACAUUUAAUGACAUGCUUUAAAGUGCAGUAAGAGUUGUAAACAUGAUGAUGGAAUGAGUGGUGUAUAUUCUGAUGAUGUACUUUUCCUGCUGCAAAUGUAUUUGAUAUUUCAUUUCACCUGAUGUUUCAUUUCAUUAGCUCUUUUGUUCAGAACAACCAGGUGAAGGAAAAUACUGGAUGCUUUUGAAUGAUGUGGAGAUAAACAAGUAAUAAUUUAAAUGAGAAAACAGAAGAGAACCGGUGUAAUGUUCAAAUGUAAAAGAAAAAAA